AUGCAGAUUGAUCUAUCUGAAUGCGGUCAUUUUCCUUAUGUGGUGUUGUCUCGUUUGGCACAGUUUGAUCUGGAGUCUCUCUCAAUUUCUGAUGCUGGGCCGUCCGAUUCUUCAACGUUUGACAUAGGAGAGUUCAUUCGAGAAUGCGUUAAUGAUGCCACUUUCAAGUGUCUACGUUACCUAAACAUUGGAGGUCAUGACAAAAUGACGAAUUGUGCAAGGAUCGCUCAAUUUUCUGCUUUGGAAAGUUUGUCACUUUCUGGACGUCCCGUUUGUCAGAGCGCAUUAAAAGUAGUGCGUGAUCUCCCAAAUUUGAAGCUACUUGAUAUCUCGAAUACCUUGGUUGCUGACAUCUCAGCCUUGAACGGAAUGACGUGA